CAUGCUGUUGUAUACUACGAAGAGGAUGGUGAUGAAGUAUACCAGUUCAAAGCUCAAGCAGACAUCGUGACAGUACCAGACUAUGAAAUUUUACAAGAGAACCUAGUGGAGAGCAAGCACCACCGCCUGGCGCGGUCGCUGCGCUCGGGCGUGGGGGGGCGCGACGCCAAGCCCACCGCCGCCGAGCGCGACCAGCUCGCCGCGCUCGUGGCCGCGCCGCCCGCGCGCCCGCUCACCGCCACCGACCAGGACCUCAUCUGGAAGUACCGAUAUUACUUAUCAUCACACAAGAGGGCGCUUACAAAGUUCUUAGAAUGCGUUAACUGGAACCGACCAAGUGAAGUGCGCCAAGCGCUGACCAUGGUGGAGCAGUGGGCGCCCAUGGACGUGGAGGACGCGCUCGAACUGCUCACCCCCAAGUUCACACACCCUGCUGUCAGAAAAUACGCAAUUUCACGGCUGAAGCAAGCUCCUGAUGAUGACCUACUGCUGUACCUGCUGCAGCUGGUCCAAGCCCUCAAGUACGAAGACUUCGCGGAAAUACAUGAAGAAUAUGCUCGGGUUUGUGGAAAGGAGGCUAUACCUCUCGAUCUGGAGAGCAAAGACAAUCGACCAAUACAGAGUGGACAUCGAGGCAGCCAGGCCAGUCUAAUGGCCACUACAGCGCCGUCGACAAGUGACAUGGCGUGUGCGUCCACGAGUCGGGACGAGCCGCCCGCGGACGACAACAGCACCAGCGCCGCCAAUAACAAUGCUGCUGCUGCCAACAACAAUGGUGAGGCUGUUACGGCGGAGGAGGCCGAGGAGCAGAUGUCGCUGGCGUCGUUCCUGAUCUCGCGCGCGUGCAACAACAGCGUGGUGGCCAACUACCUGUACUGGUACUUGCUCAUCGAGUGCGAGGACCAGGACGGGUGCCGCGACCUCGCGCCGCGACAUAUGUACCUCUCCGUCAUGAGGACUUUCUCCCACAAAUUGGCCAAAGGCAGCGCGGAGCAGCAGCGAGUCCGCGUGGCGCUGGCGCGGCAGCAGGUGUUCAUCGACAAGCUGGUGCGCCUCGUGCGGGCCGUGGCGCGCGAGAGCGGCUCGCGCGCGCGCAAGGCCGAGCGUCUGCGCGCACUGCUGGCCGACCCUGACGCCUUCAAGUACAGCUUCGCCGCCAUGGACCCGCUGCCCUUCCCGCUCGACCCCGCCGUCACCAUCAAGGGCGUCGUGCCCAACAAGGCGAGCCUCUUCAAGUCCGCGCUCAUGCCCUCCAAGCUCACCUUCCUCACCACCGAAGGUGUAGAAUACGAAGCCAUAUUCAAGCACGGCGACGACCUUCGCCAAGAUCAGCUGAUUCUACAAAUGAUCACACUCAUGGACAAACUGCUUCGAAGAGAGAACCUGGACCUGAAACUGACUCCGUACAAAGUGUUAGCGACCAGCUCCAAACACGGUUUCUUGCAGUUCAUAGAAUCAGUGACGGUGGCGGAAGCUUUAGCUACGGAGGGUAGCAUACAGAACUUCUUCAGGAAGCACAACCCUUGCGAAGGCGCACCUUAUGGGAUCAAACCGGAGACCAUGGACACGUACAUCAGGAGCUGUGCUGGAUACUGUGUUAUUACUUAUUUACUUGGCGUAGGUGACCGUCACCUCGACAACCUUCUCCUCACAAAGUCCGGCGCAUUGUUCCACAUAGACUUCGGAUAUAUACUCGGACGGGAUCCGAAGCCACUACCCCCUCCUAUGAAACUCAGCAAGGAAAUGGUUGAGGCGAUGGGAGGUGUUCAAUCAGAACAUUACCACGCGUUUCGGAAACAAUGCUACACAGCGUUUUUGCAUUUACGCAGACACGCGAACCUGAUGCUGAACUUAUUCUCUCUGAUGGUGGAUGCGUCAGUUCCCGAUAUCGCGUUGGAACCCGACAAGGCUGUGAAAAAAGUACAGGACAAGCUAAGAUUGGACCUGGGCGACGAGGAAGCUGUACACUACCUACAGAACCUACUGGACAUGUCGGUGACAGCCGUGAUGGCUGUGCUGGUAGAACAGUUCCACAAGUUCGCACAGUAUUGGCGGAAGUAA